AUGGUGUUUACCUGCCUCUAUAUUCCUAUAUAUAAAUAUAUAAAACCUGGAGUGAAGGAUACGCUGGCCCUACGAACUGAGCAAAUAAAAACCGUCGCAAGAAACCUCUCGUGCCUCUUGCUGUCCCACAGGGCGCUGCUACCUGCGCGCGCUCGCCGCGAGGCAGGGCGGGACACAGCCGCUCCCAACGGCCAAGCUGUCUUGGAAGCAGAUGGGCACGAAGUCACUCUAGAAGAGAUACCAGACUGGAAUGCUGUGGAGCUCAUAGUAAAUGGGGAGACCGUGUUUUGCUGCGACAUCAAUGACCUGGACUUCGGAGGUGAUGGCAAGCUGGAUCCACUUUGUGAAGAAGCCAGAAAAGCAGUGUUGAAUGCUUACUGA